AUGGCGAUCCAACGGUCGGCAAGACUCAAUACUGCCAACCUAGGUGCACGGUUCUGGAACACGAUUGGGGAGAAUUGGUAUCUUGGUUUCACCUCAUUCGGAGGACCGCCUGUCCAUUUCAAGAUCUUUCACGACAAAUUCGUCGCUAAGCUUUCAUGGAUCGAUGAGCAAGUGUACCAAGAGCUCUUCAGUGUCUGCCAGGCAUUCUCAGGCCCUGGCAGCACUAAGAUGCAUUACUGCAUCAACCUUCUCCACGACGGCUUCCUCCCUGCUCUCUUCGGCUUCCUCCUCUGGAGUCUCCCUGGGGCUCUGGGGAUGUAUGGACUUUCUGUCGGAGUCUCUAACAUUGGCGAAUCCCUUCCUCGAGCCGUUUAUGCUCUCCUUUCCGGUCUCAAUGCUGCUACUGUCGGUAUCAUCGUUCUCGCGGCCGUCCAGUUAUCUGAGAAGGCCAUCACUGACAAAAUAACUCGCAUCCUAGUUUUUCUUGGGGCCGCAGCCGGCAUGAUGUACAAUGCGCUCUGGUAUUUUCCUUUGUUGAUGUUUCUAGCUGGCGUCGCAACGGUUGUUCAUGACUUCCGCUGGCUCCACGGCCCUGUCAAAGUCAUCACUGGGAGCUUCCAGAAGAGGGCCAAGCGGUCUCGGGAUACAUCAGAAGAAGGUGUCGAGAUGCAAACCCAGCAACAAACCACCGCAAGAGAUCACCCGGAGGAAUCCAACGCAAGUGCUGGGCUGUCCAGCCCCAGCAAAGAUAGCAACCGGUCGAGUCAGAGAAUCGAUGAAAAUGGCACUCUCCCGCUUACCGAACGCGAAGCAUCGACGGCUGAAGACCAGUCUCGGGUGGUACCUCAGGAACGACGUCUCAACAUCAGUUGGAAGUUCGGACUGCUGCUUAUUGUCCUCUUCCUGCUCUCCUUUGUUGUCGUCAUGGUUCUACGUGGUACUUUACCACAUAAAUCACGUCUAUAUAGUCUCUUCGCCAAUAUGUACCUCGCCGGUACUAUCAUUUUUGGUGGUGGACCAGUGGUGAUCCCGUUGCUCCGGGAAUAUAUUGUCGCCGAAAACUGGGUUAGCCCUCGAGAUUUCCUUAUCGGACUUGCCCUCAUCCAAGCCUUUCCAGGGCCCAACUUCAACUUCGCGGUUUAUCUUGGCAGCCUGACUGCCAUCAAUGGUGGAUAUAACUCCGCUGCUGGCGCAGUCCUCGGUUUUCUAGGGAUCUUCGUUCCUGGUCUGCUCACGGUGCACGGGACCAUGGGUGUCUGGAGUGCGAUACGAGGGUGGAGAUGGGUCAAGUCGUCUCUCAGAGGAGUUAAUGCGGCCGCUGUCGGUCUCAUCUACACCGCUGUGUAUCGUCUUUGGCAGAUCGGCCACAUCGAUGAAGGUUUUCAGCAGGGCACCAGCCUUGCCGUGGAUCCUUGGUGGGUCGUUGUGACAGCUACGAGCUAUGUAGGUGGCUAUUGGUUUCGGGUGAGCCCGCCGGUGGCGAUUAUUAUGGGAGCCGUCAUGGGUCUAAUUUGGUACGGUGUUGUCUCAGACUAA